AUGCAGCUUCUGAUGUCAACGUCCGACGGCGCAGGAGGGUUCUCCCGCGCCGCAUCACAGGUGGUACAUAGGUACGGGCCGAUCGGAGAUGCUGAGUAUGGGGAUGGUCGUGCUGCCUUCGUAGCGCUGGACAAGAAGGNGCAGCUUCUGAUGUCAACGUCCGACGGCGCAGGAGGGUUCUCCCGCGCCGCAUCACAGGUGGUACAUAGGUACGGGCCGAUCGGAGAUGCUGAGUAUGGGGAUGGUCGUGCUGCCUUCGUAGCGCUGGACAAGAAGGACAAGGUGGCGGGUCCGUAUCGGAUGAAGCAGCUGCACGCCCAACUGGCAUCCGUCCAGCAAGCAAGCGACGAAUAUUUUGAUCCGUCGCGCGCGAUCCAGGAGUUGCGCCGCAUUUUUACCGAGUUGGGUUCUCUCGGCGAUAUUGUCAUCGACUCGCGGCUGUCCAACGCUUUGCAUGACGCUCUCCCGAACAGCCACUACAGCGAACUGAAGACUGCGUCGCUGUGUGAGUCGCAGAGGUCGGCUGAGGGCGGCGGUUCGUCGAACGGGAACAACGGAGGUGCCUCGACACACGGAGACACGGAGACAGCGCGGAAAAUGUGCAAGGCGGACGCGGCAAUGGUCGCGGUAGCCAAGCUUCCGGUGGAAACGGUCGAGGACGGGGCCGGGGCACUGGUCAAAACUCGAAGGGCGUGUGCAGGUACUGCCACAACUCCAAAGAGCCACGGGUGGCACAACUGCCCGCUUCGCCUUUCGCAGGAGGCGGAAGAAGCCAAGGAACAGGCUUCUCAUGUCACGCAGGAGUCGACCACGCAGGCGUGGUUUACGCGGAUCGAGGGAUCCAGCAGCCAGCUGGAGGACUUCGCGAUUGUUAUCGGAGAUGACACGCAGGUGCAGACGGAGCCUGAUGACUACAUGCGGGUGCAGAAGGCACUUGUUGCGGCGCUGCCGGAAACGCGCGCCGCCAACAACCCGCUGGCGCAGAAGGUGCCGGGUGCGGCGCAGUUAGAUAGACUAGAGGAGUGCGCAGUUGGAGUUAUGCAGGUGCAGGAUGUGCCUGCUGCGGCGCUGCGUGAUGAGCCCGCCACUGGUAAUGUGUCGGUGCAGGCGGCGCUUGUGGCAACGACUCACCUUCAGGCGGAGGAGGCGUCUGAUGGAACAGAGUAUGUCGCGUACACCAACGUGUUUCAAGUGGUACAGCCACCCCCGUCGAAUCGCACUCGAGCCACGACUCGGCUUGAGAUUCUGAGCGCCGAUGUGUGGGGGCCGCAACCUGUCAAGUCGUCCGGCGGUUGCCAGAGUGCCGUUAUGUUUACUGAUGACCUCUCUCGCAUGAGGUUUGACUUUCUCCUGAAGACGAAAGAUGGGGUGGCGGAGUCGGUCCAAGAGCUUAUCCAGAACGGAGCGGAUCCUUUGGGGACCUGCAUCGGCAAGGUGCACUGCGAUGGCGGAGCAGGGUUCAAGGGCAGGUUCCAAGCGUUGUGUGAGUCCAUGGGGAUCAAGGUCGAUAAUAGCCCUCCCUACGCNCGGAUCCUUUGGGGACCUGCAUCGGCAAGGUGCACUGCGAUGGCGGAGCAGGGUUCAAGGGCAGGUUCCAAGCGUUGUGUGAGUCCAUGGGGAUCAAGGUCGAUAAUAGCCCUCCCUACGCCCCGCAAGGGAACGCCAUCGCCGAGCGUGGAUUUGGCACCAUCAUCGGAACGGCGCGCAAGCUACUCCUGGGAGCACCGCACCUUCCAGGCCAUCUGUGGGGCGAAGCAUUCCAUACAGCUAUCUACCUCAAGAAUCGCACACCUACGGAGGUUCUGGGCGGAAAGGCCCCACUUGAGGCUGUGGGAACCGGCGGAGCCCCUCAAGAUCACAAACUCCACUGAGGUGCCCUUUCGUGAGAAAGAGACUCGUGACAUGGUCAAACCCAAGAAAGGGUACGACCCGUUCUCAGCGAUGACUCCCACCACCAUCUCUCUGCCGGACACGGUGGACACUAACGAAGAAGAAAACAAAACAGAAGGAAAAGAAGAAGUAACGCCAACGCCAUCGGGACCCCAAAUGGAGGAUUCGAACCUACGUCGGAGCGGCAGGGUCUCCAACAUACCGGAGAGGAUGAAUCUGCAUGCGACGGAGGAGGCCUGUAGCCCGCCUCUACUGAAGACUAUUAACCGUGCCCAGAAGGAGGCAACGGUGCUUUACGAGGAUAACUCCGGGGCUAUAUUGACUUGCCUUAGCUCCAAGAUCACGCCCAGGACCAAGCAUAUUGAUAUCAAGUAUCACCACAUCAGGUCGCUGAUCCAGGAUGGAGUCGUAAAGGUCGAGAAGAUCGAGUCAGCAAUGCAGAAAGCCGACAUGGUUAACAAGAGUUUGGGUGCUGUGAAGUUCAUCAACAACCGCAUGAUGCUCCUAGGAGAAUCAUUCGUGUUGGAAACGAAGCUCAGGAGAUGUGUGUAG